CACCCGAUAGCAAGCCACCAAAACCAAAGUAGCCAGCAAUCGAAUCCGAAUUUCCCUCUUUUCGUUCAAUAAACGUUCAAUAAAAUAAAGAAUAAAAAUAUGGAGACAUCGCCCACGUCCACCUCGAUCACACCGCCCGAGGGCAUGGACGACAUCCAGUACCUGCUGCACCUGGAGGCGAUGCGACGCUACCAGGAAGACAGUCGCAACGUGAAGCGUCAGGUGGAGGAGCAAGUGCAGACCUGGCUGGAUGCCAAGUACGAGUAUCAGAGGGAUUUUGGGCGGCUGGCAAGGCUUCUAAAGUGUGCCGCCCUGCAGAAGGCUGUGGAUGCCCAGCGCGUCCCCGAUGUUGAUAAAAUCGAGCAGGCGGCCAAGGAUAUCGCUAGUCUGCGAUCCAAACUUAGCAGCGAUCUGCGCCCCGCCACUCUCAACUCCAAGGAUGUGGAGCAGUGCCGGGAGCAUCUGAAGACCUCCCACGCCAAGCCACGCCAAAACCUCAGCCGGCAGCAGCGGGAAUUUGCCCAGAAUCAGGAAGCUUUCAACGGCCUGCGAACAGCCGUCGAUGGAUUGGAGAACGGGAUGGAGCUGGGCAUGAUGCAGGCCAUGGAUCGCCUUGUGGACGACCUACUGCCUCCGCGGGAUUCAUUCAACUAGCCUGUCGUCACAAAAGUGUAUACAUAUGUAUAUUUUUA